CCACACGCAAAGUCAUUGCUUAAUCUGACGAAUUGGGCUCACUCAAGCGAUACGAGACACAUGGAUAACAAGUCAUUGAGUCUGCCGAAUCGGUCGCACUAUCGCGACGAUGUCAUCGGGCAAGUGGUGCAGAGGAUCAAGUUUACAUCUCACUAUGCUCAAACGCCCAAAAUCUACGAAGAAGACGAUACCACUCAUGUGUUCUCAAAACGCAACGCGCCACUCGAUGUCACCUCGUUAGACAGAAUUUCCCCACGAACGCAUUCCAGAUCCUCGACAGAAAGCUUAGACAUCAACAUGCCAGUAUUAGAGGGAAACGAUACAACUCCGUUCGACUCGGGAAGCGAAACAAUGGUAAAGACAUUAAAACAGCAACACAGAGGGUAUAUGCAGCGAUAUCGGACAAAGAUCAAGGACCGCGCAACCACUCUCGAGAGCGACAUUAGACGGCUGCAAGAAAGAAUUCAAAGACUCCAAGAGCAGUAUCAGACCACUUCAAUUGGUGUAUCCAUAUGUAUAACGGUGUGGCACGUCGUGGCAGAAUACUUUCGCCUCUUCCGUUGUGGAUUAAAGAAGUCCACCGGAGAGCCCUGGACCACGGUGGAAGAGCGGUCCUCGUGUAUGCUCCGCGCCCAGCGAGACUUUAUGUAUGCUUUCAUGGCACCUGAUGUAGCUAGCAACAAUGGUACAGGCGUGGAGACACUAUUGGAUUCUUAUCGCCUUCUGGCAUUUUACUUGCCAGACUUUGAAACCCGAAUCGUGCGGAUGGAGAUCGUUGAAGACAUGAUAUUGGUGACCACAACCGUCCAGAUUACUCUCACCGCAAAUACACUUCAACGAGCAUUUCCGCAUUUGGCACCUGGCGCCGAGCAACAUGAGUGGCUGCUAGUUGCCAAGAAGUUGCUCGGAAAGCAAAUUGUGAUGCGCGGUUCGACACGUUUCAUGUGGGAUAGCACCACCAAACAUGUUGCGCUCCUGCAGUCUUCAGCGGACCUACUGAGCUCGAUUUUACGACUGCUGGGUGAUAUCCAAUCUGUCUGCUCUGCUUUCGGCGAGUCACGUAUUACACCUGACUGCACGUUGGCUCGUCCGCUUACUUGGUGAGGAAGCGAUUGCUAUAGGUAGCAGGAUACCUAUUUUCAGGACAAUAUAUCAUUUUGGGUAGUAGACAUGGACACUAUUGGGAGUUGGCAGGGUGAUGAAAGGCAUUUGCCGCCAAGAUUAAACACUGUCGGAUUCAUCCCCUAGUAGGGACUUGGCAGCUCAACUGUUAGGGCGCAUGAAUGACAUUCAACUUCAAAGCAUUAAGACCACAUUCCACAAAGAG